AUCUCACAUAUAGGUAUUGCCUAGAUCUCACGUAUAGGCGUUGCAACGUGCAUCUCUUCAAUCUCACAAUGCUUUUAUUUAGGAGAUAGGCUAACCAUCUUGGGUUUUAGUUGUAUAUUUACUUUGUAUUGAACUUGGGCUCGCUACAGUUCAGUCUUCGCCAGGUCCUGCGUAGGUAUUGGGAUGAGAGGACUAAAGCUGAUCUCCUUGGCAAUUCUAUUGGCUCUUACGAACCUUCCGGAAGCGUGGUCACAUGGAGAUCAGCCUCUGUCGAAAAUUGCUAUUCAUAAGGCAAUAUCUGCUCUUCAUGAACGUGCUUAUGUUAAAGCUUCUCCUGAAAUUCUCGGAAUGAAGGGACAAUCUACAGAAUGGGUGGCGUUGGAAUAUGGCUCUCCAAACCCAUCAGUUGAUGAUUGGAUAGGAGUAUUUUCUCCUGCCAAUUUCAGUGCUUCCACCUGUCCCGAAGUAAAUCCAAGAGUUUAUCCCCCGCUACUGUGUACUGCACCUAUUAAGUAUCAGUAUGCAAACUACUCCAGUCAUAAUUACAAAGACACUGGGAAAGGAUAUUUGAAGCUUCGGCUGAUUAACCAGAGAUCAGACUUCGCUUUUGCAUUAUUUUCUGGUGGCUUGUCAAAUCCCAAGCUAGUGGCAGUGUCGAACCAUGUAGCUUUUGCAAAUCCAAAUGCACCAGUUUACCCACGCUUAGCACAAGGAAAAGAAUGGAAUGAAAUGACUGUGACAUGGACAAGUGGAUAUGGGAUCUAUGAAGCAGAGCCUUUUGUUGAGUGGGGUCGAAAAGGAGGUGACCAUGUGCAUUCCCCAGCUGGGACACUGACUUUUGAUCGUAACAGCAUGUGUGGUGCACCAGCAAGGACAGUGGGCUGGCGUGAUCCUGGAUUUAUACAUACCAGUUUUCUGAAGGAGUUGUGGCCCAAUGCUUUGUAUACUUACAAGCUGGGGCAUAGAUUAUUCAAUGGUACCUAUUUUUGGAGUGAACAAUAUCAGUUUAGAGCUUCUCCUUAUCCUGGUCAAAAUUCUCUACAACGUGUAGUCAUCUUUGGUGACAUGGGGAAGGAUGAAGCUGAUGGUUCCAACGAAUAUAACAAUUUCCAGCGUGGCUCUCUUAACACCACUCGAGAGCUUAUUCAAGACAUAAAGAACAUUGAUAUAAUUUUCCACAUUGGAGAUAUAUGUUACGCAAAUGGGUACCUUUCACAGUGGGACCAAUUUACUGCACAGGUUGAGGCAAUUGCAUCAACGGUGCCUUACAUGAUUGCAAGUGGUAACCAUGAGCGUGACUGGCCCGGGACUGGAUCUUUCUAUGGGAACAUGGACUCUGGGGGAGAAUGCGGCGUGUUGGCCGAGACUAUGUUUUAUGUCCCGGCUGAGAAUAGGGCUAAGUUCUGGUACUCCACUGAUUAUGGCAUGUUCCGGUUCUGCGUAGCUGACACGGAACAUGACUGGCGGGAAGGCACAGAGCAAUACAAGUUCAUUGAGCACUGCUUGGCAUCUGUUGACAGACGAAAGCAACCAUGGCUAAUUUUUCUUGCACAUCGAGUACUUGGUUAUUCAUCAUGUACCAGUUAUGCAGAAGAAGGAUCAUUUGAGGAACCAAUGGGGAGGGAGAGCCUUCAAACUCUCUGGCAGAAAUACAAGGUGGACAUUGCUGUGUAUGGCCAUGUGCACAGUUAUGAAAGGACAUGCCCCGUAUACCAGAAUAUUUGCACCAACAAAGAGAAACGCUACUAUAAGGGCACCUUGAAUGGAACAAUACACGUAGUUGCUGGUGGUGGAGGAGCAAGCCUUUCACCAUUUACCACCCUCCAAACCAAAUGGAGUUUAUAUAGAGACUAUGACUAUGGAUUCAUAAAACUUACAGCAUUUGACCAUUCAAAUCUGUUGUUUGAAUACAAGAAGAGCAGGGAUGGAAAAGUUUAUGACUCUUUCAGAAUAACCAGGGAUUACAGGGACAUCUUGGCCUGCACUGUGGAUAGUUGCCCUAGCAUGACCCUAGCAUCUUGAAGACGGUAAUUCCUGUAAUGGCUUCACAUUGAUUAUCAUGUUGUAUCACAAUAAGAUGUGACCAAUGUUUCCUCGGAUGCAUAGAAACUAUUGUAAGAGUUAUUUAGCGAUUUCAGCUUUUCAUCAUUAUGGUUUAAAAAAAAAAAAUAACUUUUUCAUCUUUUA